AUGGAUCAACUUUCACUGGUUUCAUCAAACAAGAUAUUUGGGGGCUACCAAAAAGUGUACUCCCAUCAGUCAUCUGAAUUAAAAUGUAAGAUGAACUUCUCAGUAUACUUGCCACCACAGGCUGAAGGUGGUGAUGUCAAGUUACCAGUUGUUUUCUACCUCUCAGGACUUACUUGCAGUGAGCAAAAUUUCAUCACUAAAUCAGGCUUCCAAAGGUAUGCAGCAGACCAUGGUAUAAUAGUUGUUGGUCCCGACACUUCUCCUAGAGGAGUAAAGAUUCCAGGUGAUGAUGACUCCUGGGACUUCGGUGUUGCUGCUGGAUUUUAUGUAGAUGCCACUAAAGAGCCAUGGUCAACAAACUACAGAAUGGCUAGUUAUGUGAAUAAGGAAUUGUAUGAAUUAGUUCAGCAAGCUUUUAACAAUGUAGUUGAUCCUGACAGAAUUGGCAUCAUGGGACACAGCAUGGGAGGUCAUGGAGCUUUAAUAUCAACACUCAGGAACCCUGGGUUGUACAAGUCAGUUAGUGCAUUUGCUCCUAUUUGCAACCCUAUUCAAGGCCCAUGGGGUGUCAAGGCCCUUGGUGGAUACUUGGGAGAUGAUAAGAGCAAGUGGGUUGAAUGGGAUGCUACAGAACUAGUCAAGAAAUAUGAUGGACCUCCACUCACUUUACUCAUUGACCAGGGUUCAAUUGACCAAUUUUAUGUAGACAAGCAAUUAUUACCGGAAAACUUGGUAGAGGCGUGUCGUUCAGUGGGCGUCCCAGUCAUACUAAAGUUACGUGAAGGUUACGACCACUCGUACUACCACAUAGCCUCUUACAUUGGCGAACACUUCGACUUCCACGCCAAGAUAUUGAAGGCCUAA